AUGGCUGCUGAAUAUCAGGCGGUCGUGGAUGACUUCCGCAGCAACGGGGGGAGCAAGGUCAAGCUGAUUUCCAGCGAGGUGGAUUUCGGUGUUUACGGCCGCUUCUUACUGGCCUCAGCAGCCAGAACGAGGCACCUCGGAAGCUGCCUGUACGUGUACAUAGUCGACGACGACGUCUCUUUCCCAGUCUCUGCCACAGGCCAGUACCUGCGCCACAUCCGCAAACAGCCAGGAGUUUGGGGGCAUGCUGGACACAUCCGCCGGGGUGACCCGGAGAUGGCGAGAUGGGUGGACCGACCAAAGAAGCCGGUAGCUGUUGACUACGCCAAUGCCGCGUGGUUCUUAGAAACACGGUGGAUCGCCUCGGCGUUCUUACGUGAGCCCCCGCUCUCUCGACUGACGGGCGAAGACAUGCACUUGAGCUACAUGCUCCGAAAAGUACUAGGACUGCAGACCUGGGUCGUCGGCUGGAAGCGCGACAAGCAUCCUCUCAGCCGCUACCGGCUGAGCAUGACUGACAGGACGACCUUAACUCCACCGAUUUUCUCUUUCAGAUCUUUUCUCGCACGAGCUCAGAUGGCACGAGGACCAGCACUGAGGUAUCCUCCUAGUUUGGAUGCUUUGGCUUUUGUCGAGACCGUCGAGCAGGUACAGAGCGUGCUGAAAAUGGUGCGCCAGUGUCCGAAGGCCUCCGGACGACCCGACAGCCUCGCGCUGCUUCACACAGGAUUGCUCACCACAGACGUGGAGGCUCUGGCUGCAGAUAUUUGUGCGGAGCUGGCAACAUCUUGCCACUUUGUCCCGUUUGAAGUUUGUGGUGAGGUUUGCGAAGAAAUGGGCUUUGCCCGCGUAACGACCCUGAACAUGCGGGUGGGGCGGCCCGCCCUCGGUUUCAACGACACUGCGAGCAUGGGAUUUCUUGCAGCAGAUGCAUUGGAGGCUGCCUUUGGUCUCCUACAAGAACUUCGUGUGGCACAGCUGUGGUUGCCAUGUGAAGAGACCUGGACCUCUCGAGCCGUGCGCCUGGCCGCCGAGUUGUACACCGAGGAG